AUGGAAUUGCAAUAUAAGAUAGACAAACUUAAUAAAGAACUUGAAGAGUCGAAAGAAUUAAAUGAAAUGCUAAUAAAAAUAAAUGAGAAAUUCAGAAAAGAGAACGACAGACUUUAUGAACGAAUCGAUUUUUAUAAGAACCUUCGAAUGCCAAGAAGUAUGAAAAAAAACUCAAAGCCUAAACGUAAACAUCAAAGGAAUAAUGAUAGUGAAGAUUUGGACGACAAAAUUAUUGACAUGGAUGCUGAAAUGGACGAAAAGGAUAAAAAGGACGAUAAGGAUGAAAAGGACGAUAAAGAUGCAAGGAUUACUGCCAAAGCUUUAUAUAAUAAAGACGACAUGAGAAUCACUUACUAUGAAAAACAAGAGAUGAUCAAUAUCAUUCAAGAUAUCAGAUAUCAUUCACCAGAGUUGAGUGAAACGAAUGAGGAAAAUGCGUCAAAAAAAUGUCAAAUAGUUGUACGUAGAAAUUAUGACGAUACGUUGCAAAAUUUUGAUGUCCAACCUCUGAACGAUGUACCACAAUGGACGUGUGUAGAACCAGGAAAUAGUAAUGUCGUAUAUGAUUCCAAUAUAGGAUACGAGAGUAUAUAUGAUGACUAUAUGUACGAUGAUGCUGACACGUUUUAA